AUGUCCUCGGCGGGCGGCGCGAUGAAGUUCAACGGGUACCUGCGGGUGCGCGUGGGCGAGGCGGUGGGGCUGCAGCCCACCCGCUGGUCCCUGCGCCACUCGCUCUUCAAGAAGGGCCACCAGCUGCUCGACCCCUACCUGACGGUGAGCGUGGACCAGGUGCGCGUGGGCCAGACCAGCACCAAGCAGAGGACCAACAAGCCCACCUACAACGAGGAGUUCUGCGCCAACGUCACCGACGGCGGCCACCUGGAGCUGGCCGUCUUCCACGAGACCCCCCUGGGGUACGACCACUUCGUGGCCAACUGCACCUUGCAGUUCCAGGAGCUGCUGCGCACGGCCGGCACCUCGGACACCUUCGAGGGAUGGGUGGAUCUGGAGCCAGAGGGGAAAGUAUUUGUGGUAAUCACCUUGACGGGGAACUUCACUGAAGCCACACUCCAGAGAGAUCGCAUCUUCAAGCACUUUACCAGAAAACGCCAAAGGGCUAUGCGAAGGCGGGUCCACCAGAUCAACGGACACAAGUUUAUGGCCACUUAUCUGCGACAGCCGACCUACUGCUCCCACUGCAGAGAGUUUAUAUGGGGAGUAUUUGGGAAACAGGGCUAUCAAUGCCAAGUGUGCACCUGUGUUGUCCAUAAGCGCUGCCACCAUCUGAUUGUCACAGCCUGCACUUGCCAAAACAAUAUCAACAAAGUGGAUCCGAAGAUUGCCGAGCAGAGAUUUGGAAUCAAUAUCCCACACAAGUUCAACACCCACAACUACAAAGUGCCAACGUUCUGCGAUCAUUGUGGCUCCCUGCUCUGGGGGAUCAUGCGGCAGGGACUUCAAUGUAAAAUUUGUAAGAUGAACGUCCACAUUCGCUGUCAGGCGAACGUGGCUCCGAACUGUGGAGUGAAUGCUGUGGAACUGGCCAAAACCCUGGCAGGGAUGGGCCUCCAACCCGGAAAUAUUUCUCCAACCUCGAAGCUUGUUUCCAGAUCGACGCUAAGACGGCAAGGGAAAGACAGCACCAAAGAAGGCAACGGGGUUGGUGGGAGUUCUUCCAAUCGGCUUGGUAUCGACAACUUUGAAUUCAUCCGAGUGCUGGGGAAGGGGAGCUUUGGGAAGGUGAUGCUUGCCAGGAUAAAGGAGACGGGAGACCUCUAUGCGGUGAAGGUGCUAAAGAAAGACGUGAUCCUGCAGGACGACGACGUGGAGUGUACAAUGACGGAGAAGAGGAUCCUCUCCUUGGCCCGCAACCACCCCUUCCUCACCCAGCUCUUCUGUUGCUUCCAGACCCCUGAUCGUCUGUUCUUUGUGAUGGAGUUUGUGAACGGGGGUGACUUGAUGUUUCACAUUCAGAAGUCUCGGCGUUUUGAUGAAUCGCGAGCCCGUUUCUAUGCUGCGGAAAUCAUUUCAGCGCUCAUGUUUCUUCAUGAGAAAGGAAUUAUCUACAGAGACCUGAAGCUGGACAAUGUGCUGUUGGACCACGAGGGUCACUGCAAACUGGCUGAUUUCGGAAUGUGCAAGGAGGGGAUCUGUAACGGGGUGACCACGGCGACUUUCUGUGGCACGCCUGACUAUAUUGCUCCAGAGAUCCUCCAGGAAAUGCUCUAUGGCCCUGCCGUCGACUGGUGGGCCAUGGGUGUGCUGCUCUACGAGAUGCUGUGUGGCCACGCACCUUUCGAGGCAGAGAACGAAGAUGACCUCUUUGAAGCCAUUCUCAACGAUGAAGUGGUGUACCCUACAUGGCUCCAUGAAGAUGCUACAGGGAUCCUGCGAUCUUUUAUGACCAAGAAUCCUACCAUGCGCUUGGGCAGCCUGGCACAAGGGGGUGAGCAUGCCAUCUUGAGACAUCCGUUCUUCAAGGAAAUUGACUGGGCCCAGCUGAACCACCGCCAACUGGAACCACCUUUCCGACCCAGAAUCAAAUCCCGAGAAGACGUCAGUAAUUUUGACCCAGACUUCAUUAAGGAAGAGCCAGUUUUAACGCCAAUUGAUGAGGGACAUCUUCCUAUGAUUAACCAGGAUGAGUUUAGAAACUUUUCUUUUGUGUCUCCAGAAUUACAACCAUAGCCUUAUGGGUCAUGAGAGUGAUGAUAUGAACAUCAACAGAGGAUGGAGAGUUUCCUCAAAUUGCUUUGUCGGGAAUUCCUUACAACAAGAACCAUCUCUUCAGGGAACAGAUGGGAAACUCAGUCAAGAAUGGAUCUGCAAGAGACCAGUUAUUCAAGUCCCAAGGCUGCCGUGGUACAGGAGAUAGUGGAUACCAAGUGAUAUUUCAUGAAGAAACAUACAACUCAACCAAUGAGUUCCUGUCGCUGUUCUGGGCUUGGGAAUAUUAACAAUAUCCCAAAGGAGAGGCAUGAAGAAAAAAACAAAACUAGCUCCUAGAUAUUCUGAGCCAAACAGGCUUUGUAAAUCAAGAGACAUAGCAAAACUUUGUAUGGAGUAUUUGUGUUUCUCUCUAAAACAAAGGGCACCAAUCACAGCUGCAGUACUGCAGAUGUCUUUAAAUGUGAAUGAUAAACUUAAAGAUAAGGAGAUGGAUGGAUUGCCAAUAGAAUUAUUUGCUCCGAAGAAACAAGCAA